GAUGGGCAAACAGCGUGAUGGAAGUUUGUUAAACGGUUUGUGUCGGUGGUUGAGCUGCUGUGGAAAUUCACGCAUCAAGCAGUAUACCAGCAGUGGCAAAGUACUUUAGGAAGUCAGGACAGCCACGUCACAUCGGAGUUUAAAUAAAAGCCCAAGCACCCAGUGAAAGACAGAGAAGUAACAAACCACUGCAACCAACACUGAGGGGAAAAAACAGAUAAGGUAACACCCUGGAAAUGGCCUCACACAUCCAGAUGCCAGGCCCGGUGUGCCUCAUUGAGAACACUAACACCCAACUAGUGGUUAAUCCAGAAGCUUUGAAGAUCUUGUCUGCCAUUACACAGCCUGUUGUGGUGGUGGCCAUUGUGGGUCUCUACCGCACAGGCAAAUCCUACCUGAUGAACAAGCUGGCUGGGCAGCAAAAAGGCUUCUCUAUAGGCUCCUCGGUUCAGUCUCACACCAAAGGUAUCUGGAUGUGGUGUAUGCGUCACCCUAAGAAACCAAACUACACUUUAGUUCUGCUUGACACUGAAGGGCUGGGAGAUGUAGAGAAGGGUGACAACCAAAAUGACUCCUGGAUCUUUGCCCUAGCAAUACUGCUGAGCAGCACCUUUGUGUACAACAGCAUGGGGACCAUAAACCAGCAGGCCAUGGACGGACUGCACUAUGUGACAGAGCUGACAGAUAAAAUAAGGGCAAAAUCUUCACCUGAUGCAAAUGAGGUUGAGGAUUCAGCUGACUUUGUGAGCUUCUUUCCAGAUUUUGUGUGGACACUGAGGGAUUUUUUCCUAAAAUUGGAAAUAGAUGGGCAACCCAUCUCAGCAGAUGAGUACCUGGAGAAUUCACUCAAACUCAAGCAAGGUACCAGUCCUAAAGAAAAAAAUUUUAACCAGCCCCGACUUUGUAUCCGAAAGUUCUUCCCAAAGAAGAAAUGCUUUAUCUUUUGUCAGCCCACUCUUUUGGAGAAUCUAUGCCAACUGGAGACAAUGCAUGAUGAUGAGCUGAACCCCAAAUUCGUAAAAGAAGCUGCUGACUUCUGUUCCUACAUCUUUAGCAAUUCCAAAGUCAAAACUCUUUCAGGAGGCAUCCAAGUCAAUGGACCCCGGCUGGAGACUCUGGUACUGACCUAUGUCAAUACCAUCAGCAGUGGGGACCUGCCCUGCAUGGAGAACGCAGUCCUGGCCUUGGCCCAAAUAGAGAACUCGGCUGCAGUGAAAAAGGCCAUGGCCCACUAUGACCAGCAGAUGGCCAAGAAGGUUCAGCUACCCACAGAAACCCUCCAAGAGCUCCUGGACCUGCACAUGGCCAGUGAGAAAGAGGCCAUUGAAGUCUUCAUGAAGAAUUCCUUCAAGGAUGUACACCAUUUAUUUCAAAAGGAAUUAGGGGACCGGCUAGAAAAAAGGCGAGAUGACUUUUGUAAAGAUAAUGUGAAAGCAUCAUUGGAUCGCUGCUCAGCUUUACUUAAGGAUAUCUUCCAUUCUUUAGAAGAAGAUAUAAAGCAGGGGGUUUAUUGUAAACCUGGAGGAUACCAUCUCUUAAUACAGACUAUGAACAAGCUGAAGAAAAAGUAUCUUCAGGAACCCAGGAAGGGA